AUGUCGCGACCCCGUGCUCCGGAGACCGUCAGAAACAGUUUGAUAGAUGAUGCUAAGGCCCGCUUAAAACAGCAUGACGUUGGGACCAGAUAUUCUCACUUGUCGUCUAAUAAAUAUUCCAUCCUUUUACCAUUGUUGGCUAAAGAAGGAAAACUUCAUCUGUUGUUCACCCUCCGGUCAGAGAAGCUGAGACGGUCGCCUGGAGAAGUCUGCUUCCCUGGAGGAAAGUGCGAAACCACGGAUGCGGAUGAUGUGGCCACGGCCCUCCGGGAGGCCCAGGAGGAAGUGGGGCUGUGUCCUCAUCAGGUGGAGGUUGUCUGCCGCCUGGUGCCAUAUCUGUUUGAUACAAAUACAUUUAUAACGCCAGUUGUAGGGUUCAUAGACCACAACUUCCAGGCCCAGCCGAAUCCCGAUGAAGUGAAGAAAGUGUUCGUGGUGCCUCUGGACUAUUUCCUGCACCCACACGCCUACCACCAGAAUCAACUGACACAAUCUGGUCAUCAUUUUAUUAUUCAUUGCUUUGAGUACACAAAUCCUGAAGAUGGUGUGACUUACUACAUCAAAGGACUAACAGCAAAAUUCGCUGUGUUCAUUGCCCUAAUUAUUUUGGGGGAAAAACCCACCUUUGAGGUUGAAUUUAAUCUCAACGAUCUAGCAUCAUCCUCGGAAGAAAUCUUCAUGAGGCUUUAUAAACAAGCACCAAGCAAAUUAUGA